CCUCUAUAAAGGCAGCACUGUCUGUCAUAUUUCAACACAUACAUCCACGGGGCAACUGCGGAGUUGGUGUUUUGCUGUUCCACUGGAAAAAAGUGUAUCCUGUUCCAAUGCAUCAAACAGUGGAUUUUGUACUUCUAUAUUUACAUAGGUCAGCCAGAUGAACACAUACAAACCAGACCACAUAUUUUACAAAGCCAAGGCUAGGCACAGGUGUUUCAUCCUCAUCCUGUGCUUUCGUUUAGCCCUGGGUGAUGUGCCUGGUCCAUGUCGACACUCUGCGACAAAGGAUCGUCUUCUGAAUCUCAAGCAUCUGAUUGCAAACCAGUUGCAAGAUGGCUGCUUAUUAAACUACACAUUUACAAACCGUCAGAAUCUGAGCGAAGUCUGCUAUGUCAAAGCAGCCUUUCCCCAAAUCCUGGAUCUUCUCAAAAGUCACUUCAACUAUGACCGGAGCUCCGAUAACUUUCGUUAUGUCAAUGCAUUAACAAAUAUGAUCUUCAAUAUCUACUCUCAAAAAUGUAUUCCCGAAAUUAACGAGGAACAUGAGGAUCAUCCAGUGAAAUUUACCAAAGCCUACAGCAGUUCUCCACAAGAGGUGCUAGAAAAAGUUCAAGAAGUCAUCAUGAUGUACAUGGACUUGAUGACAGAGAAUCAUGCACCAGUUAACUGGAACUGUGCACAAGAAUAUGCCAAAGAUUACCCAGAAUCCAUCACAGGGUCCACCCAGAGUACAGGUCAAGGGCAGGGUGGCUUCUCACUUAAUAAAGAACAAAACUCAUCAAGUGUUGGUGACUCAGAGAAGGAAACCCAGAGCAACACAUCAGAGCAUAAUAUGUUUUAUAAAACAGCCUUCAUACUGGCUUUAGUAUGUGGAGGACUGCUGCUAACAAGUACUGUCUACUGUUAUAAAAAGAAACUCAGAACACUUCAUAACACCAAACUGACUGAAAACCAGAGAGGGGGACCACUACCCCGGUCUGCCAGUCCAGAGGCACUGCCCCCGAUGUCCACGCGAUGCCGCAGAUGUGUGUCAACCAAGACAGCCCCGCAACAUCCAGAGCCUUGAGGAACUCCGGGUGAAUCUCAUCCACCCCUGGGGCUCGGCCACCAAGCACCAGAGAUAGGGGAGUCCACCCCCAAAUCCCCACACUCUGCUUCCAUAUCGGAAGGCGUGUCGGUGGGAUUUGAGGAGGUCUUCAAAGUAUUCCUUCCACCGACCCAAAACGUCCCGAGUUGAGGUCAGCAGCGCACCAUCCCCACCAUAAGCAGUGUUGAUGUUGCACCGCUUUCUCACCCUGAGCUGCCGGAUGGUGGACCAGAAUCUCCUCAAAGCCGUCCGGAAGUCGUUUUCCAUGGCCUCGCCAAACUCCUCCCACACCCGAGUUUUUGCCUCAGCAACUGCCAAAGCCACAUCCCGCUUGGCCCGCCGGUAUCUAUCAGCUGCCUCUGGAGUCCCACAGGCCAAAAAGGCCCGAUAGGACUCCUUCUUCAGCUUGACGGCAUCCUUCACCACUGGUGUCCACCAGCGGGUUCGGGGAUUGCCGCCGUGACAGGCACCAACCACCUAACGGCCACAGCUCGGAUCAGCUGCCUCCACAAUGGAGGCGCGGAACAUGGCCCAUUCGGAAUCAAUGUCCUUCACCUCCCCCGGGAUAUGGGAGAAGUUCUGCCGGAAGUAGGAGUUGAAACUCCUCUAGACAGGGGAUUCUGCCAGACGUUACCAGCAGACCCUCACUCUACGCUUGGGCCUGCCAGGCCUUGCCGGCUUCCUCCCCCACCAGCGGAGCCAACCCACCACCAGGCCUGGCUCCGGGGGGGGGGGGGGGGGCCGGUGACCCGCGUCCGGCCAAGGGAAACCGCGGAUUCAGAAUGUUGUCCGUCAUUAGGGAUCUUGUGAGCCGUACUUUGUCUGGUUCCUCACCCAGGACCUGUUUACCUUGGGUGACCCUACCAGGGGCAUAAAGCCCCGGGCAACAUAGCUCCUGGGAUCAUUGGAACACGCAAACCCCUCCACCACGAUAAGGUGCCAGCUCCAGGAGAGGAUUUAACCAACAUGUUUAAAGAAGAACUUUAGUGGUAUUUAUUUUGUUGUUAGGUUGAAGAAGGCAUUUAACAGCAAAUGUUUAGAAGGAAUAGGUUGAAAGGCGAAAUGAGCAAGUCCCGGAGCUCGGCCAUAUGUCGCUGGUCUUUUUGAAAAACGCAGUCGAAAUGAUAGACCAAAGUGGCCAGCACUUGGCGCAUGCUCGCUCACACAGAUGCCCAUUUCAAAAUGGCAGCCUGGUAUUUCAAAUAACGUUUUUUAAGCAAUGAAGCACUUUUCUGCCAAGGUGAAUAAUAAAGCGCUCUAAGCAUUUCGAGAACAAGAAUCAAGGAAUAACGUGGAUAGUUCUUGUUUAAAUGAGCGCAUGAGCUCUCUCUCUCUCUCUCUCUCUCCUGUAGCGCAUGCACAUAGAGACACACAAUAUUUUCUUUAAAGAGCCGACUCGUGGUGUCAAGUAGCCAUGACUGUGGCGGUCAAAUUAUUGCCAAUCUCAUACAGACAGAGCCCGCAAGCAGUUCGAUGACCCCAGCGACACCCCCUCCCCGCAACUUAGUACUGCUAAACCUAACAUGGGCUUCCCGCAAACCUCUGUGCAGCAUAUUCUCGCAUAAUGAAUGUAUCUGCAUAAAACUCAAGAAAAAGUUUGAACAAAGUAUGAUCAGCCGGGAAUCAUUAGGCCAACCCACUUCUUCCAAUAAUGACCAAUAAGAUGAGAGAAGCCUAUACUUAACCAUGUUGAAAAUGUAUUAAUACCCAUCACUCCUGUGAGCCAGCACUCAAAACGAGACACCCCUCCCCAGCAAGCAGUGGCAUGCGAACAGACAACUUCGACCAUCCCGACACCUCCUGAAGCGGCCACGCAGCCGGGUCCAUCCUGGCCACCUCUGAUAGAUGAACAUACUUUUGGACUGCUGUUGAACAAUGCUGAAACCGAUCCCAUCCUGGUCCCCACCAAUACAGCCAAUGACUUUUGGGCUGCAACUUAACAACUUACCAGAGCCUCCUAACCUGCGACUGGACACUCCAUCUGAGUUUCAGCAGGGCGCAUCAAGGGGUCCGUAUGGCAAACCGUUCCUGUCACCAGCACCCCCUUUGAAUCCGACAUGGGCGCAAUGGCCAGCAUUGGUGAUUGUAUUCUUUGGUACAUUACGGCUCCCAUCACCGACGAUCGACGAGCUCUGCAAGCGUUUUGCGGCACUGUCAUUAUCUGAAGAUGUUGUAGAUGGGAGCAUCACCACCAAGAACAUAAUCAAAGGGUCGCUGGCCUGUAUUCUAGAUCGAGUAAUCGAGGACAUGCAGGAGACCUGUGUUGGGUGCUCUGUGAAUCAUCCAAUCCAACAUCGGCACACAUGCCUGUACUUCUUUAACAAUUUUGAAAAGUUGACUAAAAAGCUGUAUAGACCAUCGUUUAAACAUGUUAUCAUGAAAGUGGUCAUGAUAUUCAAUCCUCUUCCCUCACCCAUGAAAGUACAGGGUGCUGUUGAAGCCGUCGUGUUAGCUUAAGGAUGAAAUAAAUGUAUGGGAGAAUUUUGUUAGUUGAAAUGUGAUGUUGAAGAAAAAGAUUACGAGUGCCCUGUAGAUGCAAUUAAUGAUUUCUGGGAUAAGCACAAGUUCGAGCAGACUCUGGAUGGUGUGUAAACGCUGAACUGUUCAAUCAAAAUGUGUGUCUGGCAUUUUUUACAUGCUUUCUAAAUAAAGGUUUGAGUUAACUCAAAAAA